UUCACUAUGCCCUCUGUCCUUUCCUACCUCUAUACGUCACUUAUACAACACAAACUCCUCCUCCGCCACCACCACCACCACCAAUGUCUACCUCUUCCCCCUCCGUCUCAGAAGUCGACGCCGCCGUCUGGAGAGCGGUCGCCGGCGCCUCCUCCCAUAUUCCACCUCUCAACUCCUACGUCUACUACUUCCCUCAAGGCCACAUGGAACAGCACUCCUCCGCCUCGGUCGAGAAUCAGAAUAUUGAACUCAAACGACCGUUCAUUCCCUGCCAAGUCCUCUCCGUCCGUUUGCUUUCAAACCCUUCCUCCGACCAAGUUUUUGUCAAAUUCCUACUCCAACCGCUCCACGCUAGGGAGAAACGACUGAAUUGCAGUAUAGGUGAUAGCAACGAAAACGACUUGGUUUCCUUCGCCAAAGUUCUAACGCCCUCUGACGCCAACAACGGCGGAGGAUUUUCAGUUCCAAGAUUCUGCGCCGACUCGAUUUUCCCGCCGCUGGAUUUUGCGUCAGACCCGCCGGUUCAGAAUUUGAUAAUGAAAGACACUCAUAACAAUGCAUGGGAGUUUCGACACAUCUACCGAGGCACGCCGCGCCGCCAUUUACUCACAACGGGCUGGAGCAAGUUCGUGAACGCCAAGCGCCUAAUUGCAGGAGAUUCUGUUGUUUUUAUGAGGAAAAAGUCGACGAAUGAGCUGUUUACUGGAAUAAGGAGAGUCGGACGAUUCGGCUGCAGCAGCUGCUGGGAUGGUGGAGAAAACUCGGCCAAUAGCAGUAUGAGUGUGGUAUCGGAGGCGAUAAAAAAUUCUGACAAAGGAACAGCGUUCGAAGUGGUGCACUAUCCUAGGUUUGGAUCGCCAGAUUUUGUAGUGAGUGCGGAGAAGGUCGAGGAUGCUUUGCGGUUAUGCUGGAGCGUGGGAAUGCGGGUGAAAAUGGCAGUGGAGUCUGAGGAUUCAUCUCGGAUGACGUGGUCCCAGGGAACGGUUGCGGCCACCGUGUUGCCGGAUAGCGGGCCAUGGUGCGGUUCUCCUUGGCGCAUGCUUCAGGUAACAUGGGAUGAACCCGAAACUUUGUUGAAUAUGAGGAGAGUGAACCCUUGGCAAGUUGAGUAUAUUCCGCCAACGUCACAACUUCAUUCUGCAUUCCCUCCUCCUAAAAAGUUCAAAGGUUUGCAAAGCUCAGGGAUGAUAAGUGAUGGAGAGGAAGAAUUUCGGUUCCCUAUGGUAGAAUUAGCUCGAUCAAUGGCAGGACAUAUGAAUUCGCCAAUAUUCAACUAUUAUUCUCCUUUUCCUGCAAGCAUGCAGGGAGCCAGGCAAGAUCAGUUUUGCAUACCCAGCUCAUCCAAUUCCCAGAGUAAUAAACCCUUCCAAAUGUUCACUCAACUCCUUAGCAAUCAAAUCGAACAAGAACUGAGAACUGUGUCAACAGUACUAAACAUUGGCACUCCACAAUCUGGAAAUUCAUCACAAUCUACUCAGAGCACUAGCGUUCAUCUCAAUGGUGCUGAUCUUGUUGCCAUGCAGGGAAACAAUACUUCACCUAAAGUUGGUGCAAAUUCAUUUCAGUUGUUUGGAAAGAUCAUCCAUGCAUCUGAUUCUGUUGAAGGUGGUUCCGAAGCUAACAUCAGCUGUACAGAUGGUGAAAUGAACCAUGUAUUUGGAGAGGGAAGCAGCGCUGGAAAUCCGUCUUCAGGGCAAACUAGUGUGGCAGAGUUCAAUAUCAUUUCUAAAGAGCGUCAGCUAUAGAUUCAUGUCCUGAUAAUGGUGCUUUGCUGACAAGACAAAGUUGUACAGGUACAAAGUUAACCGACAAUCUGACUCUGUGCAGCAGUAGCAACUUCUUUGUUAUGUCUAUUUUGCUUCUUUAACUUGGAGACUUGUAACUAUUUUGAAUCGGUUGUUGCGGAUGUUGAAAUGUUAGCCAAUCUGAAAAGACAAUUGACAUUUUUUUGC